ACAGAAAUCCUUCUUCACUGUUGAUGGAUCGUGGUAUAGAAGAGGGAUCUGAAGAGAAAAGUAAUCCAUCAGAAACCACUCGAACCGAAAUUCGUAGUGUCCUGUUACGACAUUGGCAGGCAAUAGAUCGAGCUCGUCUGAAUACCUUCCACCUAUGGUUACUACUGUUUACCAUUACCCACAUUGCCAUCAUCAAUUAUUUGCUUCCAAAGAGCUUAGAAAAGUAUAGGCUAACAGAGGAAUUUUCGGUAAUAUGUUUUGUGAUUGCACUAACCUAUGUAGUCUAUGUGAUCAUUAGUUCGAUUGCCACACGAUACGGCGAAGAGUUAAUUUUUCGUAACGACACAUAAAA